UUCUUCAAUCACUAUGUCAAGUGACACAGAUGUUUCUCUUUCUUCAUAUGAUGAAGAUCAGGGAUCUAAACUUAUCCGAAAAGCUAGAGAGGCACCAUUUGUCCCCAUUGGAAUGGCAGGUUUUGCAGCAAUCAUUGCAUAUGGAUUAUAUAAAUUGAAGAGCAGGGGCAAUACUAAAAUAUCUGUUCACCUGAUCCACAUGCGCGUGGCAGCCCAAGGCUUUGUUGUGGGAGCAAUGACUCUUGGUGUGGGCUAUUCCAUGUAUCAAGAAUUCUGGGCAAAACCUAAACCUUAGAAGACGAGAUGCUGUCUUGGUCUUGGUGGUGUUUGCUUUAGUUAGACAUCUCAUAUUGAGGUUAUAUGUUUAUGUUGAAAAUAAAUUCU